AUGAAAGAAGAUUACAAGAAGCAGGAAGAGGAUUUAAACAAGGAAUUGACCAAAAAGGGGGAACUGGAAAUGGCAACCGCGGAUACUCCAGCGGAGACGGAAGGCCAAGACGAGCAAGUGGCCACGGAACACGAGGAUGAACAGACAGAAGCUCCAUUAUACCAAAGGGAGUCCCAAGAGUUAGAUGAUAGUGUCGAACAGGAUAAUGACCAGGGCUCUGAAGAGGAUGAAGAAGAAAGUGAGGAAUUCCGCGGCCAAGACGUGGGUACCGCCGACGAUGUCAAAAGAGUAAAUAUUUAUACAAGUACUGCUAAACAAGAUAAUAUGGAGAUAAAGGAAUCCGUAGGAAACGAGAAUGAGGAUACGGACUCAGAUCCAUCCUUGUAA